AACACAAGUAAUACACGUUAAAAAAAAAACAUGUGUACAAGAAUGAAUAAGCGGAUUUGGGCAUAUUUUACAAAAGAUGGCGUCUUCCAUGAUCUGCAUUGAACGCAGCAUCACGUAGCAUCACGUUUUUACGUCAUUACGUCACUCCCCAGCCCAGCCCUUCUUCUGUAUGCGUUCCAGCUUCAGCCCUGAAUCCCAGACAUCAUGGCGUCCUUAUCGAUGGCCCCGGUCAACAUCUUCAGACAUGGAGCUGACGAGGAGAAAGCUGAGACUGCACGACUGUCGUCCUUCAUUGGUGCCAUAGCCAUCGGAGAUCUGGUGAAGAGCACUCUGGGCCCGAAGGGGAUGGUAGGUCCUCCUAAUCUCCAGACCUGGUUCUUCUUUUAUUAUUAUACAGAUAUCAGAAGCAUCCCUGGCGACCUGGGUGGCCUUCCUCCAGCCGGAGAUGAUGGUCUGUGGGUGGAUCUUCUUGGAGAUCAGCAGCUCGGCCUCCUGCAACAACAGAGGUGGUUUAAAAAGCAGCAGCGGCAACGUCCCCCUGAUCUGGUUGUACUGGCGAGACAAUCUUGUGAGUCCCUGGACUGGAAAAAGGGGGUCUCACCUGCUGAGGUAGAAGGAAAACACCGGCUCCUCCACCGCCUUCUGCGCCACCAUGUUGUCGAAAACGGGGUUCCCGAGGAUCUCCGCCAGGGACGGGUACGCCAUCCCCAGAACGCCGUCGAACUUUGCCCUCACAAACACGGACCCGGGUUCAUAAACCGACUCCCCGAACUCCUGGUUCAGGACGGACAGAUCCCCGACCUGGAGCAGAAGACAACUCCGUCAGGCUGCUCUGAGAUGCUAAUGGCCAAGGUGGUGAGCGAUCUGGCCAAUAGGACGCCAGGAAAGGAGGCGGUCGCCAUGGAGUCAUUUGCCAAGGCUCUGAUGAUGCUGCCGACCAUCAUCGCCGACAACGCCGGCUACGACAGCGCCGACCUGGUGGCUCAGCUGAGAGCGGCACACAUGGAGAACAACACCACCUGCGGGCUGAAUAUGGCUGAAGGUACGGUGGGCAACAUGGCCGAGCUGGGGAUCACCGAGUCCUUCCAGGUGAAGCGCCAGGUGCUGCUGAGCGCGUCCGAAGCCGCCGAGAUGAUCCUGAGAGUCGACAACAUCAUCAAAGCUGCGCCCAGGAAGAGAGUUCCCGAUCAUCACCCCUGCUAGAGGAAGAGGAGGAGGAUGAAGAUGACGGGCAGGGGAGGGAUCAGUUUUGUUAUUUAUCGCCUCUGUGUGGUUCAAAUUUAAAGAGAAACUCCGCUGUUUUUUUUAUUUUGUCUGUUAAACUCUCACUGUGGAAGCACUGCCACCGGCUCGCUGGCUAACUGAAGCUAACGCUAGCAACACAGAUGCUAAUGUCGCGCUAGCAACACAGAAGCUAAUUGUACACAGCUGCUGUCAACAGACAGGCUUGUGUGAGGCUAAUGUGUUAUGUUGGUUGUGAUGCUAACGUUAGCCGAUGUAAAGCUAGUAAUGCUAACAUUAGCCUGUGUCGGUCAACGUCGCUUUAAACGUAAGUUUGGACGUCGUUUGUUUUGUUGACUGAAAAUAAAAGAACCAAUCCUCAUCAGU